UAAGGCUUCUCUGGUUGUCGUGAGGCAGGAGCGGGGGUGAGAGCGCAGAGGGCCUCAGCCGGCCGGGUGGACCCUGGUGUCAUCUGUCUAGGAAGCGGCUUCACCGCCAACAGCACGGCCAUGGCUGGAGCUCUGGUGCGCAAAGCGGCGGACUAUGUCCGGAGCAAGGACUUCCGGGACUAUCUCAUGAGUACGCACUUCUGGGGCCCAGUUGCCAACUGGGGUCUCCCCAUUGCUGCUAUCAAUGACAUGAAGAAAUCUCCAGAGAUUAUCAGUGGGCGGAUGACUUUCGCCCUCUGUUGCUAUUCUCUGACAUUCAUGAGAUUUGCCUACAAGGUACAACCCCGAAACUGGCUUCUGUUUGCGUGCCAUGUGACAAACGAAGUCGCUCAGCUCAUUCAGGGAGGACGACUUAUCAAAUACGAGAUGAGUAAGCGGCCAUCUGCUUAGCAGUGCAAGGACCAGCUCUUGAAAGGGGCAGUGCUCCAGCCACUGUUGCGGCCACAGAUCACGUCAGCAUGAAUAGUCGUGCUGAGGGGAAAACACGGAAGACUAUCUUUAAUGACCAUGCCAACAUUAUUGAAUAGCCGAGAAUCCCCAAACCAACUCUCGGCUGCCUUAUCAAUGCUAAACUUUAUUUGUCUUCAUCAGGAGUAGUUCAAAAUAUGCAGCUAAUUUAAUAAUUUUGAAUGAUGUUAUCUAUAGCAAUCUGUAGUAAUAUGUAUAUUAUCUAUUGGGAUUUGUGUAAUAAAAAAUCUAAGGGAACAAAACUUUAUAACUACAAGCACUUAAGUCCUCAAAAUUCUUGACUUUUUCUUUAAUGACUAUAGUAUAACCCUCAGUUGGUCACAUGUCUACACAUAAUUUCCAGUGAUAACAAGUAUCGGUGUUUUCCAUAUGUAAUUCAGAUCUGAACUUAAUGGCAAUAAAUGGUUUAAAUAUUUGCUA